CAAACCCCAAUACCACUCAAUCUCCUCUCUGCCCUUCUUCUUCCUCUUUUAACCAGUCCUCUGCCUCUCUCCACCCUCAACCAAAGACAGAGAAAUCCACCGCCUCCACCGCCUCCGCCUCCCCAAAACCCUGCUGCCGCCGCCACCGCCAUGGCGCUCUCGAAGGAGGUGGUGAAGAAGGUGGCGAUCUCCUACGCCUACGUCGCCAUCUGGAUCUCCCUCUCCUUCGCCGUCAUCGUGUUCAACAAGUACAUCCUGGACCCCAAGCUCUACGCCUGGCCCUUCCCCAUCUCCCUCACCAUGAUCCACAUGGCCUUCUGCUCCUCCCUCGCCUACCUCCUCGUCCGGGUCUUCCAGGUCGUCGAGCCCGUCACCACCAUGACCGGCGAAUUCUACCUCAAGAACGUGGUCCCCAUCGGCGCCCUCUACGCCCUCUCCCUCUGGUUCUCCAACUCCGCCUACAUCUACCUCUCCGUCUCCUUCAUCCAGAUGCUCAAGGCCCUCAUGCCCGUCGCCGUCUACUCCAUCGGCAUCUCCCUCAAGAAGGAGACCUUCAGAUCGAACACCAUGGCCAACAUGAUCUCAAUUACCCUAGGCGUCGCCAUCGCCGCCUACGGCGAGGCCAAGUUCGACCCAUUCGGGGUGUUCCUGCAGCUCGGCGCGGUGGCUUUCGAGGCCACCCGCCUAGUCCUGAUCCAGAUACUCCUCACCUCAGCCGGGAUCAAGCUCAACCCGAUCACGUCGCUCUACUAUGUCGCGCCGUGCUGCUUCGUGUUCCUGACCUUGCCGUGGGCAGUGAUGGAGAUGCCGAGGCUGAUCCAGACGUCGACCUUCCACUUUGAUUUCCUGGUCUUCGGGACGAACUCGCUGUGCGCGUUCGCGCUGAACCUGGCGGUGUUCCUGCUCGUGGGGAAGACGUCGGCGCUCACAAUGAACGUGGCGGGGGUGGUCAAGGACUGGCUGCUCAUCGCCUUCUCGUGGUCGGUGAUCAAGGACACGGUGACCCCGGCGAAUCUGUUCGGGUACGGCAUCGCGUUCCUCGGGGUGGCCUACUACAACCACGCGAAGCUCCAGGCGAUGAAGGCUGCAGAGGAGGCCAAGACGGCGAAGGCCGGCGAGGCCGGCGACGAGGAGGCCGGGAAGCUGCUGGAGGAGAAGGAUAUGAAGGACGGAGAUGAGUACCAGAAAAAGAGCGAAGAGAAAAAUUGAUGUUGAAAUUGGUAAAACCCCUUAUCUUGUUAUUUGUAAUUUCAGUGGAGGAGAAAAAGUUUUAAGAUAUGACAAAUUACUUUUAUGUCCAAUUUUUU